AAAUACGCAAAAAAACGGCUGAAACCGAAACCGUCGCCGUCGCCGUUUGAAUAGGCGCGCCCCGCCAUGCGCGACCUAGGGCGUGUCGUCCCCUCUCCUCACGGACGUGGAUCGUAUCUCUGUCCGUCGUUUUCCAGAUAAUAUAACAAACAAACAAAACCAUUGAAAACGCCAAAUUCCGAAGAGCCAACGUGCCGUCGUGUUGGUGUGCAACAACUGCCGUCCCUCCGCCCGUAUUUUUUUUUAUUUUUCCACUCAUUUUUUCAACUAUUUUCCCUCUUUUUUAAUGGUCCAUCCAGAUCGCAAAGUGUGUUUACUGUUUAUGUGUUAUUAAUCGUCACGUACUCGUGUUUAUCUGUGCGUACGUUUGUCUUCCCGAGUGAUGUGAGACCGCAACUACACCUAUUUCUCCACGACGAGACUGUUUUUUCUUUAUCGUAUCAGUAAUUCGUCCAGAUUUUUCAAGUUUUCACCGCAAACGUUGUCCUGAUAAUUCGCGUAGGUUUGUCUUGUGUUGUACGUGUGGCAUGCCAUUAACAGUUUUUGAUUAACUCUCAUCAUACGUCGCUUACCAGCACAAUGCCAGGGUCGACAGUUUCCGACAAUGACCUGAGAAUGAAAAAGCGUAGUUUGGCAGGUAACGUAGCCCUUGGCUUGUACGUUUUGGCUUUAGUGUUUGUGUUCAUUUCAUUUUUUUCAACCAGUUGGUUAGUCAGUGAUGGAAGAAUCACGGGAGCGAAAUUAGAAAGUUUUGGACUGUGGACUCAUUGUUUUCGCUCACUACCAGAUCCUAAUGACCCAGCAGAGCGAAGGUUUUUUGUUGGAUGCCACUGGAUUUUUGACCCUUUCACCAAGGGAUAUGAUGAAAUCAAAGGAUUUUUGUUACCAUUUUACAUUGUGGCAACUCAGUUCUUUUACACAAUUACAUUCCUAGGAACAUUAGUAUCAGCUGUUGGUUCAUCAAUGUUUCUUCUAUGUUGUACACCUGAUGAAAAACGUUUUAUACAAAUAACUUUUGCGUUGGGGAUAACGUUGAUUGUAUCUGGUGUUUGUGCUGCAAUAGCAGUGUUAAUAUUUGCUUUGUUUGCUAAUCGACCAGGUUGGAUGCCUGGCCAUGACAACAACUUUUUCGGUUGGGCAUUUGGUGUGGCUAUUGCGAGUUUUUUUGCUUUACUUGCAUCUGGAGCAUUUUAUUUGGUAGAAACAAAUAUACAAGUGAAGAAAAGAAAAUAUUUGAAAGAAUCGCAAACUAAAUUUGACAUGGAAUCUAAAGGAUAAAAUGAAAUUUAUUUUUAUUUAAAAACUAAAAAUAUUUCCAAUUUAGAUCAUUAGGAUAUGUUUUUGAUAGUAACUUUUAGUAUUAAAUCAUACAAUUUCCAUAAUCUGAUAGCAGUUAUUUUAUGAAACUAAUAAUCUCAUUUUCGUUUAAAUGAACACUAUUACCUAUACUAAUUUAAAUUAUUUAUUUGUUUAAUUGUGAUAAAAUGUGAGUUAAAACAAUUUUGACUGUUGUAUGAAACCGACUCCGUCCAUUUAUAACGAGUAUUAUUGCAAUAAUAUUAGUUAUUUAAAUUUAUACACUUUAUUUAGUUUUAAUAUUUCAAUAUCUCACAUCUGUAUGAAAUAGCUGUUAAAAAUAAAAGAAGUAUUGUAAUUUUAAGACCUAAUAUUAUAUAUUUUUUAUUUCCAUUAAGCAAGCUUGUAUUUAUUGUAGCUAAAUACUUGCAUUAUUAAAAUAUUUAGUUUUAAGGACAUCCUGUGCUACAGUUACAGGAUUCAUCACUGUAAGGGAUGAACACCAUUAAUUUUCAUUUUUCUUAUGCAAUCUCAUUUUAAAGAUUUGUACUUGGUUGAUAUUUUUUUAUUUUAUUUUAUCCUAUAAACUAGAUGCAUUGGCAUUUUAUUACACUAGCAUUGUAUUAUUUAUUACCAAAUCACUGCAUAUUGAUUCUAAGUUAAGUAUUCUAUUAUCUUUAUUGCUUAUCAAAAAAAUAUUUAAGUUUUCUUUUGUAUAACGCCAAAUAUGUAUGUUAUUUGUUUUUAAGAAUAUUGUCAACAAUAGUAUUAUUUUUAAACAAUAUACCUAACAUAGCUAAUUUAGUUAUCACCAAUAAGUAAUAACUAUAAAUUUGUCAAAAAAUAAAUGAGAAAAGUCAUAAUACUAUUCAACAUUAAUUUUGGAUAAUGCCUUAAUCGUAAUUUGUAAUACAUUAUCAAAGGUUGUUUUAUAAUUAUCUUUAAAAACUUUACUUUUAUUGAUGUUGUAAUCAAAAAUAACUUUAUAGUUAAUAAUCUAAUAUUUUGUUGUAAGUUGUAAUAUCCACAAACCAUUGAAAUUAUUCAUCUUUAUUUAUUAAAAGUAGGUAAUUAGAAUAAGUAAUACCAUAUUAUACAAUAUCAUUCUUAUUCUAGUUCUAUUAAAUUUAAUAUUUAAUUUUUGUUAUUUUAUAACAUUAAUUGUUAAGGUUUAUAAUAAUUCUUUACGAGCUUGAACUAAUUGUAAAAAGUUGAUGACGAAAAAUUAAUAGUAAGUUAUUAAUAUUAAUGAACUGUAUUAUGCAAAACUGCCUUUUGUUACAAAACAUAUAUGUUUUAUUAUUUUAUAAUGUAGAAAUAAUAUAUUAAUAAGAAAUCAUAUGAAUAGAAUAUUUCUGAAAUAAAAUGAACUAUAUUACCUAUUA